CAAUUUAGGGUAUAGAAAGAAAAGCUGAGUGGAUGUUGAAGAUAUAAAGAUCAGUCUGAAUAAAUGGAGAAAGAAAAGAUGAUAUAAAAUUGUUUAGAUAUUAUAUAGACAUCAAAAUACUAUGUAAUGAAUAAGUAACGAAAUAAUUAGAUAAAUGAAGCCCAUUUAAAGAUAACAUAUAACAUCAGAGCUAUAUAAACUUUGUUUAUAGGAAGUUUAAACUUUGUAACAACAGAUAAAAAAUUCCGUAAAAAAUUAAAAAAUAGUGGUCCCAUAAAAUCUGUAAUAAUAAUACGAGGCUCUGUAUAUGAUAAACCUAGAGGCUAUGCAUUAAUUCGUAAAUAGGUAAUCAUAAAUAAAAAGAGUAUGAAAGUGGGGAUAGUCUAAAAUUAGCUUAUAAAUACGUAUUAGAGUAGCGUAUUGAUUGUUGUAAAGUGAUUGUAGAUAUAGAAAGAGGUAGAAAAAUUUUUUAAUGGAGACCAAGUUAUCUUGGGGGUGGAUUAGAAGAAUUGAAAAAAUCAAGAAGUGAAGAAAUAAAAAAAAGACUAAGGAUGAAUCAAUAGAAAUAGAUGAAGAAGAUAAAAAAGGUAAAAAUAAAAAAGGUAAUAAAUUUAAUCGAUUUAUAGAGAUUAAGUAAAAUCAACCAAACAUGAAAGAUUCAGAUCUAAAAGUGCUAAAAAACAUAAGAUAAGAGAUGAAAGUGAAUUUAAAGAGAGAAAAUCUAAAUAGAAACAUCAAUGAGUGAUGAUAAUGAAUAACACAAA